AUCGGGCGGCGGCAGGAGGCGGCUCCGCCGGGCUGAGGAGCGGUCGCAGCGCGGGAUCCUGGUGCGCAGCGGGCGGGCACUGUGCGCUGCAGACAAUGGAGUAUUGUGACAGUGCAUGAGAACCUGAUAAAGAAAUGGACUAGAAGCUGGCUGGAAACAAAAACACAAUGAGGCGAGUGGUACGACAGAGCAAAUUUCGGCAUGUGUUUGGGCAAGCAGUGAAAAAUGACCAGUGUUAUGACGACAUCCGGGUUUCCCGUGUUACCUGGGAUAGUUCCUUUUGUGUAGUAAACCCCAAAUUUGUUGCAAUAAUCAUAGAAGCUAGUGGUGGUGGAGCGUUCCUGGUGCUGCCCUUGCACAAGACAGGUAGAAUUGACAAGUCAUACCCAACAGUAUGUGGUCACACAGGGCCUGUGCUUGACAUAGACUGGAGUCCCCAUAAUGAUCAAGUCAUUGCCAGUGGUUCUGAGGACUGCACUGUCAUGGUCUGGCAGAUCCCAGAGAACGGACUCGCCCUCUCCCUGACGGAGCCUGUGGUGGUUUUAGAAGGCCAUUCAAAGAGAGUUGGCAUCGUUGCUUGGCAUCCAGCUGCGCGCAAUGUGCUGCUCAGUGCAGGUUGUGAUAAUAUAGUCAUCAUCUGGAAUGUGGGAACAGGUGAAGCCCUUAUAAAUCUGGAUGACAUGCAUCUGGACAUGAUUUACAAUGUGAGCUGGAAUCGCAACGGCAGCCUGAUUUGUACAGCUUCUAAAGACAAAAAAGUCCGAGUGAUUGACCCUAGGAAACAAGAAAUCGUUGCUGAGAAGGAGAGGGCCCACGAGGGAGCACGGCCUAUAAGAGCAAUAUUCCUCUCCGAUGGCAAUGUCUUUACCACCGGCUUCAGCCGCAUGAGUGAACGGCAGCUCGCCCUGUGGAAUCCUAAAAAUAUGGAAGAGCCAAUAGCCCUGCACGAAAUGGACACCAGCAAUGGGGUGCUGCUUCCAUUCUAUGACCCAGACACCAAUAUCAUUUACCUGUGUGGCAAGGGUGACAGCAGCAUUCGCUACUUUGAGAUCACCGAUGAAUCCCCGUAUGUCCACUACCUCAACACCUUCAGCAGCAAAGAACCGCAGAGAGGGAUGGGGUUCAUGCCAAAGAGGGGCCUGGAUGUGAACAAGUGUGAAAUAGCCAGGUUCUUCAAACUUCACGAGCGGAAGUGCGAGCCCAUUAUCAUGACUGUCCCCCGAAAGUCUGACCUUUUCCAAGAUGACCUGUAUCCCGAUACGGCUGGCCCAGAAGCAGCUCUGGAAGCUGAAGAGUGGUUUGAGGGGAAGAAUGCUGAUCCCAUUCUCAUUUCUUUGAAACAUGGGUACAUUCCAGGCAAGAACAGGGAUCUCAAGGUGGUCAAAAAGAACAUAUUGGACAACAAGCCUGCAGCAAACAAGAAGAGCGAUCUCAUUAACACCCCAAAGAAAGCAGCAGACACCUCAAAUAUUCAAAACGAAGCCAAAUUGGAUGAGAUUUUGAAAGAGCUUAAAUCUAUAAGAGACACAAUCUCCAAUCAAGAUGAGCGCAUUUCCAAGUUAGAACAGCAGAUGGCGAAGAUGACGGUUUGAGAGCAAAGGGAGCAGAACUUUAAGCUGGAGCAGGGCUGGGCAGGCAUUGCACUCAAGAAGACAUUCCAUUUCAGAAGUUCGGCAAGCAGCAGCGUGCAGCAUUCCAAUAAGAACUUUUUAUUCUCCUAAAUUAACUUCAGCGAAAGCCGAUGAUUAAAAGCCAAGCUUUUUAGUGAAAGAUUUUUCUGAUGUUUUAAUGUGUUACAUGACUUGGUCAAAAUUAAGUCAAAAGCCUGAGUGCUACUUUUACAAUUUGUUUCCAGAUGUUAUGAAUUUUUGAAAACAAACUAUUCUGACUUUGUGUUGUGCCCAAGUCUCCUUAGGGACCAACACCACAUUGUUCUUAACCAUUUUUUUUUAAAAGUUGCCACACACAAAAAAGUAGCCUUUUAUUUUUCCUAUUUGGCAUUUUGCAGUAUUUGUGUUUUAAAUCUAAAGGAACAGCACUGUGUGAGUGUGUCGAGGUUGGGGUGUGGCUGUGCAUGUGUGUGUUUAUACUGUGUGGAGAACAAAAUGAGGCUAUUUUGUAUAAAUCUUCAUCUUUGAACAAUCUGAUCCGUUCCAUUUGCAGUGUGGACAAAGCAGUUUAUAGAGACCCUCCCAUAAACCCAUGUGAGUUGACUUUACUGCCUUUUUAACAGUGUCCCAGUCACCAUCAGCACCUCGCUAAAAAACUUGGUUGUGAGUGAAGUGACUCAUGUCACCACAUAACUCUCUUCCCCUUCUACAUUCGAGAGACUGAACCCUUGUCCUGGAGUCAUGCUGUCCUCAUUCCAACACCCUGUGCUUUGGAUUAUUCUAACAUUGUCAGAAUGGGCAUUUUGUUUUUUAAAGGCCAAAUAUUUUUACACCGCAGACAUGUAUUCUGUUUAUCAGCUAACAUAAGGUGUAAGGGUGCGCAGCGAGAUGAGAUAGCGAAGAUGAAUGGCCAGAAUUCUGAUUUGCAAGCAAGCAGGACAUGAGCAUGUAGCCAAGUUUUCCAUUAUGUCUAUUCCAGUCCUUUGCCUAGCUGUACAUUUUUGUGUCUGUAUUAAAUGCUGCAAGACCAGGCUCCUUUGCUUUGCAAAGAAGCUCUUAAAUUUGUGAGCUUAAACUAUUUCUGCCCCCAUUUUUGAUUCUGAGAAGUUCCAGCCCAAGUAUGGCUUUCAAAGCAGCAUUAGAAGCAGUUGGGUAACUUUACAAUGACAGGUCUCCAGAAAUAAAACCCCUCCAAUACCUAUCCUCCCUCUCUCUCUCACUCCUGGUAACCCCACCAGCUAUAAUAAAAUCCCAUCCCAGGGAACACAAGAUUUCCUGAAAUAUAAGUAACCUUUAUCUCCAGUCCCAUUGCAGUCCCAGCUUUUCUGCCCUGGUCUCAGAAACCUUUGAGAUCCCCAGGUGAAAGACUCGGUGUAAGUGCAUGUUAAUCCAAAGCCAACAUGCUGACUUGGGUGUGGGGCUCCGAGUGUCCAGUGACUGCCUAAGCCCAGUGAACGUCUGCUUACCAUGAGGGUCUGCGUUAUGAGAGGGAGCAGCGUUUGGUGACAAACGCAGCUUCCCAGGUGGGCCCUGAUCAGGCUUGCAAAGGAUUUACCUGCAGGGGUGAGCAGCUUCAGCACCUGUUGGGGCAAAGGGUGCUAGACCUCUGGUAGUCUGCACAGUUUGCUGUGAUGCGUGUUGACCUUCGUUUGAGCCAUACCCAGGCCAGUAUAACCUGCCUUGGCACCAGGGGAGGGGCUGAUCAAACACAAGUGCAGUUAAAACCUGUCUGGGGGCCAGAGCAGUGAACCAGCUGAUAAGCCUAAAAUACCCUUUUCCACCUGAGGUUUGAUCCUUGAAUCACCUCACUGCAGCUUAAUAUAUAUAUAUAUAUAUAUAUAUAUAUAUGCAUAUGCCCGUCAGACACACACGCACACGAGGGCUGCUUUCCCAAUUAAUGAGGGAAGUGCCAGACAAGAGGCUGCCUUUGCAUGGGACAGGUUCACAUUCCUUCAUCUGGGCAAAAGAGUGAGUGCUGAAUUUCUCUUCAAGUAGUUUAGCUAGAAUUUCUUAAGUUCUCCAUUUUCUUGUAUUUGCAUGUUCAAAACUUACGAUGAAGGAGUCUCUUGUUCUGGAAGACGUGAGUGUUCCUGACCUAAGGUGAAGUCGUACCAUUGGGACAGUUAAGUGAACUUUUAGCAGGUGAAGCAUAAGAAAUUGAUGAGAGGACAGAAAACGUGUAGUGUCACAGGAUGAAAGCUUCAUAAAGCCAGCUCUGGGUUAUUUAAGGCAGCGAGCCAAUGUUCUUGGCAUUGUGCGUUGAAAAUGGAGUUUGCAGCCUAGACAAUUCUGGGGUAUUUGAAUGUUUGGUGUUUUUUGUACUGCGAUCAAUGGCUGGUGGGGUGGGGUGGAUUUUGGCAAACAAAAUCCCCUGGGUAGCGAUCUCCUUGUUAAUUUGUAUGUGUGGCGUCAAGUCUGUGUGCUGGGGGUCUUUGUAUUUCUAACCUGAGGGAAUGAAGUUCCUGAAAUGCCAGAUUUAACUGCCCAACCAACCCUGGUGUAAGGUAGCGUGAUGGUUUGAAGAGAAGGGGGCGGGGGGGAAAGUCCUCCGUGGUUUUUUAGUUUUGUAGCUUGUAUUUUAUUUAAAUGAACGGAUGAUGCCUCGCCAGGCUCAAACGGAGUCAGUGCCUAAAGCUUUUUUUAGCCGUGCUAUCCCAGAAGAGAACCAGCGAAGUAUUUGAGAGAUGCGCUCUUAUAGAGCAGCCAUAGUACCCUGUCCAAAUAUUUGCUUCCAUUUUCAAAGAUAAAAUCAUUGAUUACAAAG